AGACGUACUACAACCACCACCACCACAAAAGCGUCAACCGUCCGUCCGACAUAUCCGGUUCCCAACGGGGACAACAAGAACCCGGACUAUACCCAGCUGUUUAGGCCGAGCAUUUCGAUGACCAAAUAUCCCAGCUAUAAGCCGCCUAAGACGAUUAUCAUUCAGGAAGCCGGUGCCGGAGCUGGAACCAAGCAGCAGCAAGUGGAACCAUCGGUUCGGAUGGCGAGCGUGGCGGAUCCAGGGCAGGCAAACGAUUAUCAGUACUCGAACGAGGAGGACUACCUUGAAUAGCAGCGGGAAAAUAGGGUGAGUGGCGCAACUUGUUAGAU